AUGGCCAAAGAAAGCCUAUUUGAUGCAGCAUACAAAGGUGAUGACGAAGUUCUUUCUCGGUUAUGUGAAGAAAAUCCAAACCUUUUGAAUAGAAACUACUUGGAUGACGAACACAGGAAUGUUCUUCACAUUAGUGCAAUACUUGGCCAUGAAAAAUGUGUGAUAGAAAUUCUACAAUGGAAAUCAUCUUCCACCUAUCAUACGUGUUUGGCUCGGGAUCGAAAUGGAAGAAAUCCGGCGCAUUUGGCCGCGAUCCAUGGCAGAUUGAACAUCCUAAAAUUAGUAAGUCGCGUUGAAGUCUGCGAUGGAUGGUUUGAUGCGCUUACAGAGGUGGCUGACAGGGGAAACAACGUUUUACAUUUGUGUGUAAAGUAUAAUCAGUUGGAGGCCUUGAAGUUCUUACUUCCCAUAUUUCCGGAGGGCAUAGGUGCCAAAAACGAGGAUGGUAUGACCAUAUGGCAUAUGGCUUUUUACGGUAACAUACUCCAAGUAAAGAGAAGGGCAGAGUUAAUCAGAUUCUUGGGACAACGGACAAGCAACAUUGUCAACAUAAAGAAUGCAAAUGAUCAAACUGCAUUGGACCUGUUCCUGCAACGGGCUAAUUUAUCAGCGGAUGAUUUCAAGAAGUCAAAAAGUGUUGAAACAGUCAUUCUUGGAAUCAUAAACGUUCUUCAUCAAUCCAAGGCAUUAACGGCUGAAGCGAUCUCCAAAAGGCAAAUAGCCGACGAUUGCCUAGAGUUUCUGGAGAAGAGUAAAGAUGCAAUCAUGGUGGUUGCUUCACUCAUUGCAACCAUGGCUUUUCAAGCUAUGUUAAACCCUCCCGGAGGUGUUUGGCAAGAUGACUCGCUAGACGGACCAAAUCCGCACAGACCUGGAGAAAGUAUGAUGGCACAAACUCAUCCAAAAUACUACAGACGUCUAGUUGUGUCGAGCACCGUAGCAUUCGUAUCAUCGCUGACCACGAUUUUAAUGUUGCUGAUUCGGGGAAGAAUGCCCAAGGAUUUCAUCCGCUAUCCCACCCUUGUGGUUGUUCUUUUGCUAAUUGCUAUGUUCAUGUCAGUGACAGCAAUUUCUGUUGCUUAUGCCAUAUCGGUAGCAAUAAUAGCACCAUCAGUGAGAGGACAUUUGAGUGCAGUCAAGGAGAUCGCAAUCAUUGUAACUAUGGUGUGGUGUUUUCCACUGAUAUUCUUUUUCAUUACAAAUGCUAAAGCAUCUAAGGGAGCUGUUGCAGUCGAGAAAGAGUUGCAAGAGGUUCUGUGUUCGUCAGAGGGCCCAGACUCCAAUAACAUUUUGGGAGACGGGGAGUAG